CGUCUCGUCCAAGGUGUAAAAAAUUUAUUAUAUGAUAUCUAUGGUUCCAUCGAUUGCCCACAAAACGUCAACAAACCAGUGAUCUGACUUUCACGAUUUUCAAGAUUUCUUAGUUUUUAAAGUGAAAUUCGCCGCAGGACUUUAUCAAAUGAUUCCAAAUGAUUUGAAGGAAUAGAAGUGGCAUUUUUGCACAGCCUUACUGCAGUUUGACGUUUCUGACAAGAUUUCAGCUGAUUUGGAGCCUAGAAAUUGGCAAUUUUGCCCAACGAACCUUAACUUCAAAGUUUCUCAGUGGUACCAUGCUCCUGAUAGUAUAUCAAGAAUUGUGAAGGGUGGUAUAUAACCUUUUAUGCGGGUGAAAAAACAAUGGCCAUGUACUAUGAUGCCAGUUUCAUUAAUGAUUGCUAAGUGAAUGAUGAGUUAAGCUAUUUAGAUCAUUUAAUUUUACUGCCUUCACUUCAGUUGAUAAAUAUUGUACAGUACUGUUUUAGAAAGAAGACCAUUUUAACGUCAAGAUUUGCAAAGAAGACUCUCUUACAGGACAUAACGAAAGAUUGUAUAUGAAGUAGGAAUUAAUAUUAUUAUUAUGCAUCUUAUAUAAUGUAGUUUGGAUGUCAUUUUAUGUUAAGUUUCAUAGAUGCAUUUAGAAAACUAAGCUUAAAGCACAUUUUGAUUGGAUAUAUACUCUGUUGGUUUUGUUGACUGUUCUAUGUAGUUAGAAAGAGGUGAAGAAAAAUAUGUGGCAUUGGUUAAAUGUAAAUUUCUGCUUGUCUGAUAGGGCUAGUUUUUGCACAAUGUUACAUUAGUUAAUACUUUGAAGUGUACAUAAGAAAUAGGGCUUGAUAGCAUUGCUUCAGAAAGAUGAGGACAUUAUGAGAAUACCUGUACUUUUAUGUAUAGGAAAACUUUGAGAAAGUCGUUGGUUGUAAAAGUAGGCAUUUAGCUAGGAGUGACAAUGAAUGUUGAAAAUGUUUAUAUAAAAGUAGAGGAAGAAGAUAUUGGAGAGAAAUCUCCUAGCCAUUUAUUGUCAUAUGACAAAGGGACAAGUUUAUCAGGGAGAGCUGAUGUAGAUGGGAAAAUAGACACAAAAAGUAAAGUCAGCAUUUUGAAAAAAUCUUUAAAAGGUCCUAAAGGACAGGAUUUGAAACGCUGUCCUUAUGAUGAAGGCAUUAGUAACAAUUUUUCUGCUGCAUUGGAUAUGACGAAGAAACGUUUUGAAAUCUCCCCAUCAUUGGUUGAAUCUCAUAGGACUGAGGGUAAAUUAAACUUUGAAAAAUGUACAGCAGACCUUAGAGACAACGCACCAACUACCUCAUCGUCAUCUGUUGAAAAAGAGAAUUCUGAGAAGCCAGAAAAUGGGAUAAGUUCUUGUGAAAACAGUGUGGUAAGUGGUAGAGAAGACCAGCCAUCUACCUCUUCUUCAAAGGCAACCGGAGUGAGACUGUCAGAAAAACUCAGGAUGAUUAUUAGGGAGAAUUCUCCCGCAACACCUCCUCCUGUCCGUAAGAAAGGAGCGAGGUCAUCAGAAAAAGGUGACUCUGGGCCUCGUGCUGCCAAAGGCACAGAUGAAUCCUUAACCUGUGAUGUUUGUGGCAAGAGUUUUGUUAAAAAGAGUAACCUUAACAAACACAAGAAAAUACAUACGGGUGAACGACCAUUUGUUUGUAGUGUUUGUGGGAAGGAUUUUGUUUACAAAGAAGGUGUUGAGGAGCAUAUGAUAAUACACACAGGGGAACGCCCUUUUUCUUGUUCUAUAUGUGGUAAGACCUUUUACAAAAAGGGUGCACUAAACCAACAUAAAAGAAUACACACUGGGGAGAGGCCAUUCUUUUGUGAGCUCUGUGGAAAGAGUUUCAUUCAGGCAGGACACCUUGCAAGUCAUAAAUUAAUUCACUCAGGAGACAAACCAUUUACGUGCGAGUUAUGUGGGAAGAACUUUCUUCGGAAGGCAAACCUUGAUAAGCAUGCAAGGAUACACUCUGGAGAACGACCGUUUGCUUGUAAUGUGUGUGGUAUGAGGUUUAUACACAAAGUAAGCCUCGAUAAACAUACGAAGAUACAUACAAUGGAUGAUCCAUUUACUUGUGAAAUAUGUGGAAAGAAGUUCAUUCAUAAGGAUAGUUAUAGUAACCAUGUGAGAGUGCACACAAGGGAAAGAGCAUUUUCUUGUGACAUGUGUGGCAAGAAUUUUAUGAAGAAAGAUAACCUUAAUUUGCACAUGAGAAACCAUAUGGGGGAAAGGCCUUUCCAAUGCAAUGUCUGUGGGAAGAGUUUCACUGUUAAAGAUCACUUGAAGCAACAUAUGAGAAAACACACCGGAGAAAGGCCAUAUAGUUGUAGUAUAUGUAAUAAAAGGUUCACCCAGCAAGGAACUCUUUACAAACACAUAAGGAUACACACAGGGGAACGUCCUUUCUCCUGUGCCUUUUGUGGGCUCAGUUUUACUCAAAAGGGACAUCUUACAAGACACAGGAUGAAACAUACGGGCGAACAACCCUUCUUGUGUGUUGUCUGCGGCAAGGACUUCAGAGACAGGGCGACUCUCAAGAUCCACUUGAAGUCUCACUCAGGUCAACAUCUGUAUCCUUGUUUUGAGUGCGGGCAGAUUCUGUACAGUGAAAGCAGUCUUGACGAACACAUGAAGAGCCACACUGGAACAAAAUUAUAUACAUGUGAAGAGUGUGGCUUAAAUUAUAAUGAUGAAGGAAGUUUAAGGGCUCAUAAGAAAUGUAGUCACUCUUCAGAAAAAUCUUUCAUUGGUAGUGAAGUGGAAGAGGGUUUUGCAAGAAGUAAAGACUUGAACGUUGAUGUGGCGUUGCAGGGUAAAUCUGGGGAAAGAACACACUUAAUGCCAGGGAUGGCAAGUAGCUUUGUUGAGACACAUCUAGUUGUCAGUGACUCGGUGAUAAAAGACCCUGCCCCAGUUGUUGCCAAAGAACCAGAGGGUCAAGUCCGUGAAUUUGAUCAGAUUUUUAUCAAAGAAGAAGUGGAUGAUCCAGGAGAUAAUUUUUCGUGAGGAUUGUAAUUGCUGUUAACCUUUUUGUCUGGAUGACACUUCUUUAUGAAGAAAAAGAAGUUGAAUUUUUUAGAUUCUAGGGUUAGCAAUCCAAAAAUUUUAUUGGAGGGUUUGCUGAUCCUUAUCACAAAACAAGGGAUACAGCUGUAUAUUGUGUGAAUAAAAGAUAUUGAUAAUCAUAUGUUGUGCUUCAUUGAGAAGCCAAAUAUCCAUGAGAAUUGUUAAUGCCAAGUGACUUGAAAACACUGUUAUAAUUGAGAAUUUUAAUAGGUUAUGGGUUUGGAUGAGAAAUAUGUAUGAAAAAUUCAAUAGAAAUGUACUCUGUAGGAGCUUGUGUCUUUAGUACUGAGUACUUGUAAUACUUGUAACAGUAGUUAUGUGCGUAGCCAUUUUCUAUAAUGUGGGGAUCUGAAGUUCUUUGGAAUUUUAUAUAAAAAUAAACUAUAUUUUUGCUACACA